AUGGCGGACAACGCUCCUCCGUCUGCCGAGACCCUGCUCAAGGGCGCUGCUGCUCACCCUCCCAAGACCGCCGAGGAAAUUGCCAAAGAACACGAUCUGCUGCCCAAGUUGAUUCCGUACCUCGACCGCCAUCUCGUCUUCCCCCUCCUCGAAUUCAGCAGCGGCCAGGAUGAUGAGAAUGAAGAGGUUACGCGCGCCAAGUACGAGCUUCUCAAGCACACCAACAUGACCGACUACGUCGCCAACCUGUGGCAAGAAAUCAACAAUUCCGACACAAUUCCCGAUGAGUUUGUCAAAAAGAGAGAGGAAGUUCUCACUAAACUGCAAAAAUACGAGGAAGACAGCGAGAAGAUCACGGAACUUUUGCAGGACGACGCCGUCGUGGGCAACCUUCGCAGCGACAAGGCCGCCAACUUGAAAUUCCUUGAGGAGCAACACGGCGUUACGAAUGAGAUGGUCAACACCCUGUUCGACUACGGCCGAUUCCAAUACAGCUGCGGCAGCUAUGGAAAUGCUGCCGAGCUUCUGUACCAGUUCCGUGUCCUGUCGACCGACAACGACAAAGUUGCGUCGGCCACAUGGGGAAAGUUUGCGUCGGAAAUUCUGACCACUAGCUGGGACGCCGCCAUGGAGGAGGUUCAAAAAGUCAAGGACUUGAUUGAAACCCGCCUUUUCAACAACCCUCUCGGCCAAUUGGAACACCGCACCUGGUUGAUUCACUGGUCCCUCUUCCCUUAUUUCAACCACGACGCCGCCCGCGACGUCCUGACCGACCUCUUCUUCUCACCAGCUUACAUCAACACCAUCCAAACAAACUGCCCGUGGAUCCUCCGAUACUUGGCUGCUGCCGUUAUCACGAACCGGGGUCGUGCGCACAAGAACACGAGCGCCUACCAGAAACAGCUGAAAGACCUGAUCCGCGUUGUUCGACAAGAAGGCUACGAGUACUCGGAUCCUAUCACCGGCUUUAUCAAGGCUCUCUACGUUGACUUUGACUUCGAGGAGGCCCAGAAGAAACUGGGUGAGGCCGAAGAUGUGCUCCGCAGCGAUUUCUUCCUUGUCUCGGCAGCGGAUGCCUUUGUUGAUGCCGCCAGGCACCUGAUCUCUGAGAGUUAUUGCAAAAUCCACCAGCGCAUAGAUAUCAAGGAUCUGUCUACUCGUCUGGGCUUGGGCCAAGAUGAAGGCGAGAAGUGGAUUGUCAACCUCAUCCGUGACACUCGGGUUGAUGCGAAGAUUGAUUACAAAGCAGGCACAGUCGUCAUGAACCACCCUCCUCAAUCAGUGUACCAACAGGUCAUUGAAAGGACCAAGGGGGCUUUCUUCAGAACUCAAGUCUUG